AUGUUAAAUUUAAACGAUAAUAACUUGCGUUGGAUUAAAAAAGACUCAAAUGAUACUUCAAUGAACUUAACAGAAACACCUGAUGGUAGUCUUCAAGAAUGUAAUUCAUCUAACGCUUUUUAUAGCCUUAAAAAAAAACGCAACAGAAACAAUUUGAGAAAAAAAUAUGAGAAAAAUGACAGUUUAACUUCUUUGAAUAUGUCAGAUUGGCCAAAUCAACAAAAUCUACUCACACAUUACCCUAUUAAAGAAAUUAGAAAGUCAGAUGUCUGUGCACAGGUUCUUGAUACAAAUAGUUUAAAACAUUUUAGCAUGCAUCCCACGUGUACUUUAAAUAUAUAUAAUAAUUAUUAUCCAAAUUCAUUAAUGACCGAUUCAAAUCCUAUACAUGAUGUAUCAAAAUGUUUAACUCGUAACCAGUCCUUUACUGAGCACAUUAUUCCAAGUAGCCAAUCAUCACUCAGAACGAAUAUUUGCAUCACGGAAUCAUGGAGAGAAAUCAAUCACGUUGAUAAAAUUAAACUCACUGCAGCUUUAUUAUUUCAUGUGAAUUCAGUGACCAAUAAAAUAAUGCCGCUUAUUAAUUUACAUGCAUUAGCCAAUCCGUUUCUGCAAAUUCCAAUUCAGGUUUGUCGUAUGGCAAAUAAUAUUAAUUUGAAUAUGGCUGAAGUGUUAUGUAGAAAAAGAACCGAAGUUGCUGUAAUUUCCUGGAUGGCAACUACACUGAAUCAGCAAAAUACAUCAACACGGGUAUUUUAA